AAAAUGUUGGUGCCUGAAUUGUCCUUGAAUUCUGGAAUGAAUUACAUCCGAGGACUGUCAAAUAUGCCCUGCCAUGGGUUACAACCCAAGGCCAUUCCUUCGUCCAUGUAGUUCGGCAUGGAACCUUGACAUUACUGGGACAGUUUUGAACAAUAAUUUCAAGACCGAAAAGAAAUGUAACUUUGGCGUCCAUCAUACUAGACAUGUUGGUAAAAACAAGCUACAACAAUUUGUUUAUUGAACUCUGGUAGCGAUCAUUUUUCCAAAAGUCCAACUUCGAUCACCUCUUCGAUUGAGUGCCCUCUUUUAGCCAAUCCAAUGAGCUUCCAGUUACAUCAGGCACACUGUCAAAUCAAGCCACCAUGUGUGAAGGGAUUCCACUAAGUGUGCACAAAAGCUGUUAUACCAUUCCUCUGCAGCCAGAUGAUGGAAACAAACCGAUCCACAGUAGGUAGACACACAAUCCAACAAAUUGGGCCUUUAUACUGAAACACCGAAAGAGCUAGAGAAUUAGGGUUGGAACGUUAAAGACUAUACCAUCUGGUGUGAAGCAAAGAUUUACAAACAGGUUGCUGUCUAAACGAGCUAACAGUUACUUGUGAGAAACUGGAGCUUCGGCGCAGUGGAAACGCUUAUCACCAUCAGUGCCCUCUGUACAGUCAAUUUAACCAAGCUGACAUCAAUAGCUUACCACCAGGAAAGGGACAGGUAAUGGAGAAGUUUUUUAGGCCUGUUCACAGCUCCUCUGAACUGGCAGAGAUGAAUCUGCGGAAGCACCACCAUCAUCUCCGUCGCGACGACCCAGAGUCGCACAGGUUUACACUGUUUGAUGAUGCCGAAAGAAAUUCAGAGGAAAACCAAGAGCACCACUACCCAAGGCACGGUCACUACCGCCAUCAAGAUGACACCCAGCGUCGCCAACAAAUACAUAAAACUCGGCACAUUGAAGAGGAUGAAAUACUUGACAACAAGAACACUCCUGUAAGUCUGUCCAGAGCUUCCUCCUCCACCCUCUCCUCAUCCUCCUCUUCUGUCUCCUCGUCAUCCUGGUUCACGGAGGCAAGUGCAAACGAUCCUUUCUCUCUCCGCCACAUUGAGCGUCCACAGCAUUCCUUGUCCUGCUCCAACAUUGCAGAAGAACGCAGGGCUUUUCAAGAAGAUGACAGCACUGAGCCUAUUGUCUUUGCCACCGUUACGCAUGGCGGCAAUGGGAAUGGUGUCGGUGGUCCUGUGCACAGCAGCCCACAGCAGAGAGGGAGGGCUGUUUAUUCGUCUCUUGACCGAAAUCAUAGCAGAAGUGAGGAGGGCCUCCUGAAGGGGAAUGAAGGCCAUGAAGGCCGAAAACAAGGCAAGGCACCAUAUAGUGGGGCUCUGUACAAGACCUCUAGCUUGAACCGAAGUCUCACUUUCAGUGAUGAAGAUCUUCUGGUGGGAGAUUCUAGGGGCCCAAAGAGAGCAGUGUCAUCCAGCCAGCUUCCCGGCAAAGGAAUCCUGAAGAACAAGAAGCCUCACACCGACAUACGCAAAGCCAAAUCAUUGGAGGUGAUCUCUCCAAGAGUUCCCAAACAACAGAAUCCCAGGCCCAGUGGCCAGAAGGAGAAAGGGACUGCACAAGCUGAGAUGGAACAAGCGAGGGCACAUUUUGUCCAGGGAAAGUUGCAAUUCUCAGCUUUCCUGGAUGAGAUAACAAAACAGGUGAUAAGUCCGUCAUACCUCAAUAUACUCGGGGUGAACAAUAGCAAAGUUACCAACAAGACCAGUCCACCAGUUCAAACACUUGACCCCGUCAAACCCGAACUCCCACCUAAGAAGCACAGGAAAAGUUCUGGCGAGGAGAGGGAACACUAUCCUAAACAACAUAGCAGGCAGGAGAAAAAUGCUCGUCGCAUCUCACGAAAAGACUCAGACGGCUCCAAGCCGGACAAAUUGAUUUCAUAUGCGGCUAGAAACCAUCAGGGUAGCCCGCCGCCUCAUCACUAUGCAUACUCCUCCAGUCGAAAUGCUCACCAUGGAAAAAGCCAUAAAGACAAGAGGUUGUCACCCAUUGGGGGUUCCCUGACAGAGGACAGGUAUGGCAGAUAUGGUUCUCAACUAACCGACGGAACCAGCACAAGCCCUGAGCUGAACCAGCCCAAACUGCGGCACCACUACAAGCAGCAAAUCCAUGCCUUUUAUAGUACACACACCCAGAACUUCCUUCAGCCGCAGCCUCAGCACAUGCACAUGAGCACAAGCCAACGAGAGCCAAACACCUCACCACCAUCCUCAGACCACGGUGCAAGAAUGGGCCUCGGAUCACAGUCUUCAUUGGGUAAAUCAGACUCAACCAGGUCCGGAGAUACAUCCUCCACCACUACAAGUCAUGGCUCAGAGCAGAGCAGGCAAUACCAUUCCGAACAUUUGGGGAGCGCCAAACAAUGCAGAGACAGACUGUGUGACGCUGAGCAGCUUCAGGUGCUACAGGAGGAGAAUACUGAUCUUCAACAGCACUUGCUGCAGACAGUAGUCUGCAUUGAAAGCCUGGAAACGGAGCUGCAGAGGACCCGGGAUGAGCUCAGCAAUGUCAAAGACAAAUAUAAAAGCCUACUGGAGACACAUGCUGGAACCAGGCAGGCUCGUGAGCUGCUGGGGGAGCAUUUACACAUUGCGUCGGAAAGUAGAAGCAGUGAAAGAAAGUACCUUGUCAAUCGUGUGUCCCAGCUGAGCUCAGAGCUGGAGGACGCUCACAGGACCAUUGCUGCGCUGGAGAACAUCAAUCUGCCGUGCCUGAUAAAGGAUUUACUGGAGAAGCACUUCAACUCAGCUGAGGCUGUGCAGAAGAUUCAACUACCUGCUGCUAUUGGCAGCCACUCUGCCAUCUCUCCAUCUGCCCUCAAGCCACCUCAGCCUCCUAAAUCGGAAGAAACGGCACACGACUGGUGGACAGAAACGGAGACUGCUACAGCCUUUGUUCCCUUCAAACAGGAAGUGCCCAAAACAGUAGGUCAAAUCUCCCUCCAAGGCCCACUCGAGUCCAGCAACAGCCCUCCUUUUUCAGCGGAGGACAUCAGCACCGCCAUCUAUCAGAAAAUAAUAGCCAAUUACACUGCUAAACCACAAACUAAUCUUCAGCAGCCUUCCCUGGGUGAAAAAUGCACUGACGGCCCUCUUAAACCUCAGCAACUCCACCGUGCUGGCCGUUUAGGUGAAAAGGGAGAGGUCUUGGUGACGCUUUUGGAGCAGGAUGCUGCGGAUGUGACGGCCAUGUCUGCCCAGCAGAUCCUAGAUGAGUUCAUGCAGCAGCUGCACACCCGUGAGGGGGUGGGUGAAGUGAAGGGGCAUGAGUAGUAGGCAGUGGGAGUGGAGCAAAGUGGCAGAGUCACAGAGCAACAGUAAUACAGGAAGGUCAUUGCAGGAAACAACAGAGGUGUGCAUUUGUGUUUGCUUGAUUCACCUUGAAAAAGUCUGUGGGCUUUAUUGCAAGGUUGUUUGUAUUAUAUUGCAUGACUUUGACAACGUCUGAUUUAUGAGUUGUUAUAACUGAAUCGGACAAGGUUUGCCUCACAACCCAAUCAUCACACUGCACAGUGUGAUCCGCUUUCACUUCAAGCCACUUUUUACUAAGUCCAUAAUAUUACCAAAAAUGACAAAAAUAUGGAAUGGCAUUUGCAAAUAAUGGAUUGUGUAAAUUUUGAAAUGCAUAUUUAUUGAGCUACUCAGAAUAAGAAUAAUACCGGUAAUUAAAAUUAGUAAUAUUUAUCGUUAAGUGUAGUUAUUUCUUGUUAUUGUGGUGUAGAGUCUUGAUAAAUGACAGCGAUAGUUAGUGAAUUGGAAAUUUAAUAUUGAUUGCAUUUUUUUCCCUUUAUGUCAAGUAUCAAAAGGGCGGCCCGGUAGUCCAGUGGUUAGCACGUCGGCUUCACAGUGCAGAGGUACCGGGUUCGAUUCCAGCUCCGGCCUCCCUGUGUGGAGUUUGCAUGUUCUCCCCGGGCCUGCGUGGGUUUUCUCCGGGUGCUCCGGUUUCCUUCCACAUUCCAAAAACAUGCGUGGCAGGCUGAUUGGACGCUCUAAAUUGUCCCUAGGUGUGAGUGUGAGUGCGAAUGCUUGUUCGUUUCUGUGUGCCCUGCGAUUGUCUGGCAACCGAUUCAGGGUGUCACCCGCCUAGUGCCCGAAGACAGCUGGGAUGGGCUCCAGCACCCCCCGCGACCCUAGUGAGGAUCAAGUGGCUCGGAAGAUGAAUGAAUGAAUGAAUGAAUGAAUGAAAGUAUCAAGAGUUGUUAGGAAAAAUGGAGAAAAUGUUUUUGAAAAGAGAUCACUUUUUGUGACAUUUAUUCAAACUGUCGGUAUGAUCCGACUGUACUACGUGACUAAAACGAUCUGUGCGCUGAUCUGGUACCUUGAACUUUAGAAGCUUGGCUAAAAUGGGCAGAAU